AUGGUGGUGAACCAUGCUCAAACCCCGCUUGGUGUACGUACGAGGUCCAUGACUCUGGAACUCAAGCGUAUACAGAAGUUACCUGCUUCACCAUCAGCUGCAUCUGCAGCCAUUGGAGAUGGUGGAUCCUAUCUGCAACUGAGGAGCCGUAGGGUGGAAAGGCUCUCACCAUUUGCUGCUAAAGCAAAAACCCGAAAGAUUCUCAAGGGUUCGACUUCAAAGAGCCAGGGAACUAGGCCAGCCAGUGAGAAUCAAGAAAGUGAGAAAGACAAGGGGAAGCGUCCAAUGCUGGAGGAGAAUGAAAAUGAGGAGAAAAACAAAAACCCUGAUGAUUUGAAGGUCAUGGAGUCCUCCUGGGGAGAGAACAACUUGGAGGCUAAAAGUGCUGAAAGGGCCACAAGGGAGACCACGCCAGUCCAUUUGAUUAGGGAUCCAAACGCUCUGGUUCUUCCCCCCUUUUCAAGCACCAGGCGUCGCUACACCCGCACCACAAGGGCCAAUCCAAGGCAGUUCAUUAACCCGGUAGAAGAUUACCUGAACGCACUUUUUGGUGAUCUUGAAGAGAGGCAUAAAAACAAGUGCAUUGAGAAGUACAACUUCAACUUCGACAAGGAAGAGCCGCUACCUGGCCGUUAUGAUUGGGAGAAAUUGAUGCCUUAA